UUAUCCUGGAGCUUCCGUAAAGAAGCUGGUCUUGUUGCUCCUGGUGAUCACUAUGGAGGAUGGGAGAAACCUGACAGUGAACUCCGUGGCCAUUUCGUCGGUCACUAUUUGAGUGCAACAGCUUAUAUGUGGGCAAUUUCAUUCUCUUCUUGGAAUCUGUAUUUGGGAUCUCGGGGUUUCGGACAAAAGAGAAUGGAUACGAUGAAGAGGUUUGNAAUUCACAAGAUUUUAGCGGGUCUGGUGGAUCAAUACAAGUUGGCUGGGAACAGUCAAGCUUUAAAAAUGGCAACAGGGAUGGCUGAUUACUUCUAUGUCCGUGUUCGUAAUGUGAUAAGGAACUACAGCGUUGAACGACAUUGGCAAUCACUAAAUGAAGAAACUGGUGGCAUGAAUGAUGUUCUCUAUCAGCUAUACAGCAUCACUGGAGAUUCCAAGUAUUUGCUGCUCGCACAUCUCUUUGACAAGCCUUGCUUUCUUGGGGUCCUCGCAAUUCAGGCCGAUGAUAUAAGUGGAUUCCACUCUAACACACAUAUUCCCAUCGUCAUUGGAUCCCAACAACGAUAUGAAAUCACUGGGGAUCCACUCCAUAAGGAAAUUUCGAUGUUUUUUAUGGACAUCGUAAAUGCUUCUCACAGCUAUGCAACUGGAGGAACAUCAGUCCAUGAGUUUUGGCAAGAUCCAAAGAGAAUGGCGACUACGCUGGAAACUGAAAACGAGGAAUCAUGCACUACUUAUAACAUGCUCAAGGUCUCUAGGAAUCUGUUCAGAUGGACAAAAGAGGUUAGCUAUGCCGACUAUUACGAGCGUGCUUUGACCAACGGUGUGCUCGGGAUUCAAAGAGGAACCCAGCCCGGACUGAUGAUCUACAUGCUCCCAUUGGGUAAAGGUGUUUCUAAGGCUGUGACUUAUCACGGUUGGGGAACACCUUAUGAUGCCUUUUGGUGUUGCUAUGGCACUGGGAUUGAAUCCUUCUCAAAACUGGGAGAUUCCAUAUAUUUUCAAGAAGAUGGUGAAUCUCCAGCUCUUUAUGUCACUCAAUAUAUAUCAAGCUCACUUGAUUGGAAAUCUGGUGGUCUUUCUUUAUCUCAGAAAGUUAAACCUAUUGUAUCGUGGGAUCCGUACAUGCGUGUGACAUUCUCUGUCUCUUCCUCCAAAGAGGGAAUGGGGAAAGAGACAACUUUGAAUCUAAGAAUACCUGUUUGGACAAACUCUGAAGGUGCCAAAGUAUCUUUGAAUGGCCAACCCUUGAAAGUACCAGCUUCAGGUAAUUUCCUAUCAAUCAAACAGAACUGGAAAUCUGGCGAUCAAGUGACGAUGGAGCUACCGUUGAGUAUCAGAACCGAAGCUAUAAAGGAUGACAGGCCGGAGUACUCAUCUCUUCAUGCCAUACUCUAUGGCCCCUACUUGUUAGCCGGGCACACGAGCAGGGAAUGGAGCAUCACAACUCAGGCCAAAUCUGGAAAAUGGAUCAACCCUAUUCCUGAAACUCAUAACAAUCACCUUGUCACUUUCUCACAACACUCUGGGAACAUAUCUUACGUGUUGUCAAAUAGCAACCAAACCAUCACAAUGAAAGCAUCACCCGAGCCAGGAACUCAAGACGCUGUUGCGGCGACUUUCAAGCUCGUGACUGAUACUUCUAAACCACGGAUUUCAGGUCCAGAGGAACUAAUUGGAAGCCUGGUCAUGAUCGAACCGUUUGAUUUCCCUGGCAUGAUUGUGAUGCAAGCAACUGAUAGCUCCCUCACGGUUCAAGAUUCUUCUUCUACUGCCAAAGAAGCUUCUAACUUUCGGUUAGUAGCUGGAGUUGACGGAAAGCCAGGAAGCGUGUCAUUAAGACUAGAGAGCAAAAAGGGUUGUUAUGUGUACAGCGAUCAAACCGUAAAGCCGGGAAUGAAACUGAGGCUUGAAUGUGUUUCAGAUGUGACUGAUGAGAAGUUUAAACAGGCAGCAAGCUUUACGUUAAAGACAGGAAUACAUCAAUACAAUCCAAUGAGUUUCGUGAUGAGCGGAACACAGAGGAACUUUGUGUUAUCACCAUUGUUCAGCUUGCGAGAUGAAUUAUACAAUGUGUACUUCAGUGUGCAAACUUAAAGAAAGAAACAGUUAAUUAAAAACUCCAUUAGUACAAUGGGAGAAAAUAAGAAAAAAAAAUUCUCCUGGAAGUGUAUUUAGAUGCUUAGCCUCGUAGGUGGUUUGUGACAUUGUGUUUUGCAAUUUCAUCUAAAAAAAUGUAUGUUGGUGUGACAAUAAAAAUAUAUAGACGAAGUGAUUUUUAUAAA